AUGUCGGGCAAGCGAGUGUUAGACGCAAUUGCGUUGCUCAACGCUUCGAGGAAGGUAGCAGCGAGACACUUCGACAUUCGGCUCGCUCAAGCAGCUGUCUAUACGCAGACGUCCUCCAUAUUCAAAGCCGUUAGAACUCGGGCACCGCCCGCGUUUGCCUCGGCUGCCGCGAACUUCAGCCAGUCGGUAGCCCAAAAAGCUGGCGGCCUGGGUGCGAAGGAAGGUAUACAGCAAGACCAUUUCUACAAGAGGUCCAAGCAGAACGAUCCCGUGGACCCUGCGCCGCAAGAUGACCUCGAGAUCGAACAGAAGAAGGCGCAUCGGUGGCCUCUCCCCGACGGGACAAUCCCUCCUCGUGACGACUUGCUUCAACACGAACAUGGCGAUCCGGAGACAUACAACACGAGACCUACAGCUGAAUCUGCGCAAAAUCCUGUAGGAGGCGACGAGGGUCUUGGUGUUCGAUCCUCCACAAGAUCCAGUAUUCCAGGACCAUCUUCACAGAGAUCUCUGAGCUCGUUGGAAGCAAGAGAAGCGCAACGUAUGGCAGAAGACCAGAUCCCAGCAAGGGCUGCAAAGCCGCCCACAGAAGAGCUCAUGGGAGAGUUUGAGAUCGAGCAGGAGCAGGAUGUUUACUACCAGCCUCCAGGCACAACCUCGCCAGUGCUGUCUGGCCUCCCACGCAUGCGUGUGCCCAAGAUCGAGAAUGAUGUGCAAGCAGGGGACUCUCAUAUCCCACAGAAUAUCAACGCAGACGUAUACUACUCCGGCAACGGGAACGCCGACGCCGAAGGCAACGAUCAAGAGCUGUCAGAGGAGCAGCUAUCUCAAAUAUUCUCAAGUCCAAAGGUCGCCAGCAUGCUGGGCAAAGGCAAAGCAAAGUAUGCGCCGGGUGGCGUUGCUGGCAGGAAGUUCCACACUAGCGCUCGUAUCCGGCAGCGAAACGCUGAAGCCGAGAAGAAGGACAUCGAAAGACUCGCAGCUGACAUGGCCAAGGAUGUGCAACAGACUCAGGUACGCAAAGCCACAAUGAGUUCAGCGCAGCCAUAUCAGAUGCGUGAAUCCCGUGUGCCCUCCUCUCGCUUUGGGCGGAUUUUCGAGUACGGUGGUCUUGCGGCUUCUAUGGCCUUUGGUGCCGUCAGUGAGAGCGUCAGCCGAAGAGGGGGACCCGAUGGCUCGCUUUGGUUGAGUGCUGCCAACAUGGAGAGACUCGUCGCAAAGCUGUCCAAGAUGCGAGGUGCUGCUCUCAAGCUCGGCCAAAUGAUGAGCUUUCAGGACUCGAAAAUGCUCCCAAAGCCGAUCCACGAUGUUCUCCAGCGAGUACAGGAUAGUGCCGACUAUAUGCCGGCUUCACAGAGGGACCAAGUCAUUCAGGCAGAUCUUGGCCCGAAUUGGCGCGAUCUAUUCCAGCAAUUCGAGGAGAAGCCCAUGGCGGCAGCAUCGAUCGGUCAAGUACAUGGCGCAGUCCUCAAAGACGAUCGGCGUGUUGCUGUCAAAGUUCAGUAUCCUGGAGUAGCAGACUCAAUCUCCUCCGAUCUGAAUAAUCUCUCACUGUUACUGACUGCCUCUCGGCUCCUUCCGAAAGGGUUGUAUCUGGAGAAGACCAUCGCCAAUGCCAGAACCGAGCUCGGAUGGGAGUGUGACUAUGUGCGAGAAGCGGGAGGAGCGAGGCGCUUCAAGGAUCUGCUUGCGGAUGAGCAAGAUGUCUUCAAGGUGCCGGAGAUUAUUCAGGAAGCGUCGGGCAAGAGAGUUCUGACCAUGGGAAUGAUGGAAGGCACUGCCAUUACAAAGAUUCCUGAUUUCACACAGGACCAGAAGGACUGGAUAGGGACCCAAAUUCUUCGCCUUUGCCUGCGGGAGAUCAUCGAGUUCCGUUACAUGCAGACCGACCCAAACUGGACCAACUUCCUCUAUAACCGCGAGACCAACCAAUUGGAGCUAUUGGACUUCGGCGCGUCGCGAGAGUAUCCGGAGCGGUUCAUUACAUUAUAUACAAAGCUCCUAGAUUCCGCCUCGAGGAAAGACCGCAAGGAGGUCCAAGAUUACUCAAUUGAGCUCGGAUAUUUGACAGGCUAUGAGUCCAAGACCAUGCUCAACGCCCAUAUCGAUUCGGUCCUUACCCUCGCCGAGCCUUUCAUGGCGGAUGCGCCUGACGUCUAUGAUUUCCGAGACCAGACCAUCACCGACCGCGUUCGUGGCCUUAUUCCAGUUAUGGUCCGGGAGCGCCUUGCGCCGCCACCAGAAGAAACAUAUAGUCUUCACCGCAAGCUCAGCGGAGCGUUUCUGCUGUGUGCUCGACUCGGCAGCCAGGUGCAAUGCAAAACCAUGUUUUCCGAAGCACUGAAAAAGGCAGGCCUGCGAUGA